AUGAGCAUGUCCUGGAAACGUCCAUAUUCGACUCCUUCAUUGCGCUCUGGGUGCAUCGGUGUUCAUCCUCCCUGCGACCUGCCGCCAUGGCUACGCCACAUGAGCUGGUCUUCAGUGGGCCGAGCGGCACUGGAGAGGCUUUGUGGACAUGGACCUCAUCUGCGCAUCUCAACAGUCCUGGGAAGCUAUGAUCUCAACGUGGAUGGCCGCGAGACCGGGAUCCGCUCUCCACUGAUCGCUCCAAUCCAGAUUCGCCUUGCGCCACACUUCGCAGAGUUGCUGACGACUUACCCAGAGUGGCAAGUUCUCUUGCGGAUCGCUGUAGGCAGCUCCCCGACAUCGCUUCGUUUUGGGGCCGAAGGCCUUGACUUACAAGGCAGCCUCCCGCCAUUGAUCCUGGCAGCCAUCCUGGAGGCAUCGCCAGUGUCCGCUCCACACUUCCGUGUCGGGAACUCCGAGCACUUGGCUGCGGAGAUGGUCGCGCACAUGCGCAGCACACGCGCAUCGGACGACGCAACCAGCGUGGUGUCGUUGGGAAGGACAUUUGUGGAUGCCUGGUGGGAGGUCACCCUGGAAGAUCCUCGUGCUGGCUUUGACGAAGCGCUGCCGCUCGAGGAGGUGUUGGUGGCUCUGGAAGUUGGAGGAUGUGAAGCCAGAGUGACCUUGAGAUGUUUCAACAUGGCAGUUCGUGGUGAGCCGCAUCCCUUGUCCAAUGCACCGCUGAUCGACCGGGACUAUCCCGCUGGCUUUCAUUUGAUCCGCCAACAUGUGGGCCACCGGGCCCGUUACUUGCGCUUGGCCGUUCAUGGGGAAGUGACACUGCUGGGGGUCGAGGCUUAUUGCAUGGACUUGUGGCAAGUCCCCUGUCUUCACCACAGCCUUCGAGCCGCGGCAAAGAUCUUUGCUGCGCAGCCGGCUAUUGCCAUGAAGGUGGACGGCCAGUACCAGAGCUUCAGCUAUCAGACUUUGUCCAAUGAUGUCGAAGCUCUUUCAGUCCAGUUGCGUCAACGCUUUCCUCUGGAUGCGGCCAUCGAACACGGCGAGGAUGUGAUGCUUGGAUGGUGUGGCCCCACACGGGUGGAAGCUCUCCUACUCUUCUUGGCUUGCAUGAUGAACCAGUGGUGCUUCGUUGCCUUCCAUCGCCACUCGCUGGCCGCCGAGCUGCAGUUGCUGCCCAAGUUGCAGUUGUUGGGAGUGGACGAGGCUUUUGAGGCUGAGGAGAUCAAGGUGCUCGAAAACGCGCACCAGGACGCCGCAGGACGUGGCGUUCUGUUUUCGUCGCCUCCUCUCCUGCGGCCUGCGGAGUUGCAGAGUAUGGCCAGGAUGCACCAACCAGACACCGUGUCUUCCACAGCCCCGGCAGCCGCCUCGCCAGAGAGGUUGGGGAACUUGAUCUUCACCUCUGGUUCGACGGGACAUCCCAAAGCUGUACGCCGUAGCCACGCAGAGCUGUAUGCGUUCCUGUGGCUUUAUGCCAAAGCUGUAACUCCGGAUCGAGCUUUGGCACCAACAAGGUGA